AUGUCGCAAAGUGUUCCAAUUCUAGGGGAUCGUCACAGUAGUGCGUCAGCAGCAGUAACGCCGUCUGUCAACCAGGAUUACCUGUCUCCACUACCGUUAUCAUUUCAAGCACAAGAUCUGUCGCUCAAUCUGCGCCAUAUGCAGUUGUUCAAUCACUUCAUCUUCGAGACCUUGCCAAGUCUCGAAGAAGCAGGCGCCAUUGAUCAAAGACAGGCACGAACCUUGAUGCCGAUCAUAUUAUCUAAGCCAUACGUUGUGUAUCAGCUGCUAGCACUAUCUGCUAUGCAUAUGAGCUAUCUACAUGCGGCCGAAUCAGGUCUUUAUCGCGAGGAAGCAAGGACCUUCCAGACACUGGCGUUGAGCUCAUUCAAUGAUGCACAUUUCGAGGUCACGGCAGAGAAUUGUGCCCCUUUGUUGAUAUUCUCUAGCUUCAUCGGCUUGCAUGAGCUUGGUGAAGUCGCUGUGAUCGCGGACGCUAGCGCAGGCGAAAUACUAGACAGGUUCAUCACGUACAUGAACCUGCAUCGUGGGGUGCGCGCUGUUACAUCGCAGUCCUGGCAAUUCCUGAAACAGACCAGCAUAUCUUCCUAUUUCGAACGCGCCGAGAAUUCCAUCAACCUAGCAUCAUCGUCCCACAAUGAAAUUGCUGAGGUUGUAGCCGAUCGCCUGUCCAACUUGCUGGGCCAAGCGGACAUGAGUGAGGAAUCUCGAUCAACCUGCCGCGCGGCUGUAUCUCAGCUACAGCUCGUGUACCAAACCGAAACAGUCCCUGACCAAUCGCCUUCUUCCGGCUUGAUCUGGAUUUGGCCUAUCAAUUUGUCUAGCGACUUCACAAACCUCCUGUCCAUGCGAAAGCCGGAAGCGCUAAUCAUCCUCGCCCAUUACGCGGUCGUUCUGCACCACCGGCGUCGUAUGUGGCUUGUCGGCAAUGUCGGUAGAAUUCUGAUCGAGGAGAUUUCCAGAUUUCUGGGCUCCUUCUGGAAGCAUUGGCUCGAGUGGCCGAACGAGAUGCUAGCGCAGACUCAGGGCAAUACGUAG